AUGCCAUUGAAGAUCGGCCAACUGUAUACGUACCCUAUCAAGGCGCUGCUGCCCACGCCAACCCCGUCAACCACCAUCACCAAGAAUGGCUUCCAGUAUGACCGUCGCUUCAUGCUGCUCAAGGUCCAGGACGACGGCAGCUUCAAGAACAUGCACACCGUCUACUUCCCCGAGCUGACCCUCUUCCAUCCCACCAUCAUCUACCCAGACGGCGCCGAUGAGAAGGGCAGCAUCAAAGUCGAUUUCCGUCCGCCCUCCGACUCAGGGAAGAAACCCGACUCGCUAGAAAUCCCGCUGCAGCCCGACCAAGCCGGGCUGCCGGAAGUCGAGGUCGUAAUGCACCAGAGCCCUACAAAAGCCUUUGACAUGGGUUCCCCGUACAACGACUGGUUCUCGGCCUGCUUGGGUUACACGGUCAAGCUGGUCUACCUUGGCGACAACAGGCGCCAAGUGCUGAUGUCGCGUUCUCCCAACGAACAGCAGCCGAAGUCGUGGCUAUCUUCCAUCGCGAGCAACCUCCCGCUGGUCGGCUCCGAAGAAAAGGAUACCGUCACCUUCCAGGACUGUGCCGCCUACCUCGUUGUGUCCCAGUCUUCCCUGAACAACGUAUCCGAUCGCUUACCUGAUGGAGUCGACAUGGAUGUGACCAAGUUCCGGCCUAACAUCGUCAUCGAGGGAGCUGAUGAGCCGUGGGAAGAGGACUUUUGGGCCGAGCUCCAGAUCGGGGAUGCCACCGUGACCCUCACGCACAACUGUGUUCGCUGCUCUAGCAUCAACAUUGACUAUGCCACUGGAAAGCCAGGAAAGCACUUGGCCGUUGGCGAUGAAGUCAAAGUUUUGAGGCGGAACAAGGAGAGGACGACAUUUGAUUGGCCAGGCCUUAGCGGUAGUUAG